AUGAAUUCAACAACUUGUGCUGGUAGCGAUGCUGCUCAGUCCGAAUGGACUAAAGAUUCGUGGAGAUGCAAAAGUAUACACCAAGAUGUACUGUAUGAGAAUCCCGCGCACCUGAAUAAGGUGCUUACCAGACUAGGUCAACUACCUCCUCUUGUGUCGCCUGGAGAGGUGGACAGACUCAAAUCACUGCUGAAGGAAUGCGCAGAGGGAACCCGAUUUCUUUUACAAGGCGGUGAUUGUGCGGAGCUGUUUGAUUAUUGUUCCGAGGAUCCGAUCCAGAACAAACUCAAGGUACUUUUGCAAAUGUCACUGAUCCUUGUUUGGGGUGGAAGAACCAAAGUGGUUCGUAUUGCUCGUAUGGCUGGACAGUAUGCAAAGCCUCGCUCAAAGCCUACUGAGAUGAUUGACGGGGUCGAAUACACGGCAUUCCGUGGUGAUAAUGUAAACGGCAUGCCGUUGUCAGAUCGCUCACCAGAUCCAGACAGACUCUUGGGAGCAUACUUUCACUCUGCAGCCACGAUCAACUACGUCCGAUCACUGCUUAGUUCGGAUUUUGCUGAUCUGCAUCAUCCAGAGAGUUGGAAUUUGCAGCACAAGGCUUGGAGUUUGGAGCAUGUUCGAAACCCUGAUGUCCGUAAGGAAUAUCAAGAGAUUGUUGGUCAUUUGCAGGAUGCGCUUGAUUUCAUGCAGACCAUUGGAGCAGACAACGAUCCAAGUGCAAAAACUGUUGAUUUGUUCAUGUCGCACGAAGGUUUGUUGCUAGAGUACGAGUCGCAGCUUACUCGAAAGCACGUUCCACUGAUUAAUGAUAAACAUACAUCGGCUUCUGCCAGCAAAUUACACUAUAACCUUGGCACACAUUUCCUGUGGAUUGGUGAUCGCACUCGUCAGCUGUCUGGUGCACAUGUCGAGUACUUUAAGGGUAUUGAAAAUCCCAUUGGUGUCAAGGUUGGACCUACUAUGCUUCCCGAGGAACUCGGUCCUCUAUUGGACAUUCUCAAUCCUCGCCGUGAAGUUGGCAAAGUGACACUGAUCACUCGAUAUGGUGCAUCCAAAAUCAAAGACUUUUUACCUUUUCAUAUCGAGGCAGUCAAAAAGUCGGGCCAUAAAGUUGUUUGGUGUUGCGAUCCCAUGCAUGGUAACACGGAAACGACCUCGACUGGAAUCAAGACACGACGUUUUGAUCAUAUUGUAGAGGAACUAUCACAGGCAUUUGCCAUCCAUCAGAACUGUGGGUCGUAUCUUGGCGGUGUUCACUGUGAGCUCACUGGUGAUCCUGUUACAGAAACAAUUGGUGGGUCAAUGAACUUGGCAGAAGAAGAUCUGCAGACCAACUAUCAAACAUUUUGCGAUCCUCGACUCAAUUACUUUCAAUCUCUGGACAUUGCGUUCAAGAUUGCAAAGUUUUUCAAAAACCAGCGCUUGAAUUCUACUUGAAGCUCGAGUUAUUUGAACCAAUAAAAGCGACUAUUUUAUUUUUUGAC